CAGAGACUCCACAGAUUGGACGUAAACAGACCGUUACGUGAGUGUACGUGCGCGCUCCAGGAGCACGGGCGCGCAACGUUCUUGAAACAAGAUGCCUUCCGCGCGUCCUCGCUGGUUUGUCUCUACAGCUGCCGUAGGAAUGCCAUCCUAAGGACGGCAGCUACACCGUGUAGGAGGAGCCAGCGGCGUGUUUCCGCCAAGACCAGGCCGACAGAGGCAACACGGUAAUCUAUGCUGCUGUACUGAGAAUUACAGAAUAGCGGCGGAACAGUCGUCAGCUACUGCAGUGAGGGGCACUGAGUACAAAUUGUUUAAUCACUGGGGAUCUGCUGUCGUCCAUAUCUGGGGAAGAAGAAGAAGAAGAAGGAGAAGGAGGAGUGGCAGCUGGACUGUCAGCAAUGGAAGCCGAGUUUCGGGAAAUCGAUGAAAACGGGAGUUGGAGCGCCAUUUAUCAGGAGAUUCGUCAGCAGUCAUGUGAACUCCCUUGCAAGGUUGCUAAAUUACCCGAAAACAAGAAUCGGAAUCGUUACAGAGAUGUUAGCCCAUUUGACCACAGCAGAAUAUGUCUGCAGCUGGGUGCGAAUGACUACAUUAAUGCCAGCCUAAUAACAGUAGAAGAGGCACAGAGGAACUAUAUUCUUACUCAGGGACCCCUUCCAAAUACAUGUGGCAACUUCUGGGAGAUGGUGUGGGAGCAGAGGACCCGUGGUGUAGUGAUGCUGAACCGAGUCAUAGAGAAAGGAUCUGUUAAAUGUGCCCAAUAUUGGCCACACAGAGAGGAGAAAGAUGCUAUCUUUGAAGAUACCAAUUUCAAGCUUACCCUUGUCUCAGAAGACAUCAAGUCUUACUAUACAGUCCGUCAGCUGGAGUUGGAAAAUCUGUCUACUCAAGAGACUCGUGAGAUUUUACAUUUUCACUACACCACCUGGCCUGACUUUGGGGUACCAGAGUCUCCAGCCUCCUUCCUUAACUUCCUGUUCAAGGUGCGAGAGUCUGGUUGUCUGAAUUUAGACCAGGGUCCAGUGGUGGUGCACUGCAGUGCUGGCAUCGGACGCUCUGGGACUUUUUGUCUUGUGGACACCUGCCUCUUAUUGAUGUCAAUUCGUAAGGACCCGUCUUCAGUGCGUAUCCGUGAUGUGUUGCUGGAGAUGCGACGUCAUCGAAUGGGCUUGAUUCAGACAGCAGAUCAACUUCGCUUCUCCUACCUUGCUGUCAUUGAAGGUGCCAAGUACAUCAAGGGAGAUACAUCUUUGCAGGAGUCAUGGAAAGAGCUCUCAAAUGAGGAAGACGAUCCUCCAGAGUUCACUCCUCCUCCUCCUCUUCCUCCUCCCAGAGACCCACACAAAGGAAAAGUUGAGCCAUCCUUUUUCCCUGCAAAUGAGAUCAUCCAACAGAUGGAGAUCCGCAGUCUGGGUUCCUCACAAGAGUUGGAGCUGCGAAAGAGGAACACUGCUGCCCCCCAGCCUCCUCCUGAUGAUGCUGAUCAGCUCGAUGGCCACAUGGGAAUCCAAGAUCAUACCUCCAAAGCUCCAACCAAAUCCAAGCAGCAGCACGUGACCGAGGAGCAGGAGCUGCCCGAGGCAACGGAGCAGCCAAAGGAAAGCCCUCCUGUACCAGGGACUUGGUCCCCUCUAAUAACCAACAUGUGCCUGUGCACAGCACUGGCUCUCGGUGCUUACGCCUGCUAUCGAGCCUAUUUCCACUAAUGUCUGUCCUUCCUCCUCCUUUUUGUUCCUCCCUGUCUCUCCACUGAUGUUGCAAAGUGGACUAGGCUGGCCAAUCAGCCUGCUUUGACUCUGGGUUUACUCUGCAAGUGAGUGGAUUAUUUGGACUUCAGCAGAUUCAGGUUCACUCGUUUAUUUUACAAAUGCAGUGCGAGGGGUUGGUUGGUUGGGAAUAACAGGCUGCCAAUCCUUAUUACCCACCCAAACACUCUAUCAGUAUGUCAUCUUGGAUGCUCAGGGCCUCAGUUUUUCAGGUGUCACAACCCAAAUAUGUGUGCCGACGUAUACGCAGACCCAACAGACGAUACGUAGUCUGUAGAGGAAAAGGGUUUGUUUUAGCUCCCCUGUUCUGUGAAUCAGGAUGAAUGGCCUAUCAGCCAAUUUUACGUGUCUCCUCUCUUAUUUACCAAAUGUGUAUGUGUUCUUCCAUUUCAUCUUUUACUGAGGUGUCCGUUAGGAUUUCACUUUCUUUUGCUGACACAAAUGGAUAAGAAAUCAUAGAGCCAGAUUUUUUGACCAGCCUGUCUGAAAAUAUGCCAGUAAGGGAGACACUUUUAAAAAAAAUGUUUAUUCUUUUGUUAUGGGUCAAUAUUAAACCCAACAGUAAGGUGAAGUAUGUGAAAGUAAGAGGGAAGAAACCCCGUGCCCACUAGAUAAGAGAUGCAUGCUGGGGUGGGCAGUGAAUUAUCUGUCCUCACUAGUGGCCUGUGUAGGGCUUCAGGAGGCAUGCUAGUUGAGUACAUACAGUAUGUGUGUGGUUUUGUGUGUUUGUGUAUGUACAUUUGCGCGAGUGGUAGUUAGUGGAGCUUUCUACUGAUGCUUGAGUUAAAUCUACUCAGUGAGAAAUAUUAAUAUACAUUUACAGUAUGUCAAAUGUGAGAUGUAGACCGGGUUUCCUCCUGGUAACUGAUUCUCUCUGCGUUUUCUCUCCCUGGUGGCUCAACAGUGACACAGAAAAGUCUCUUUAAAAACACCAUGGUGCAGGGACAGGGUCACAUGUCUCAUUCUCCAUUUGCCUGGCAUUCUCAAAUUGAAAUUGGAAAAAGUCUUGACAUCUUGAGAUUUUUUUUUUAAUAAGGUAACACCUGGCUUUUGCUUAGUUACUGUUUGGGAGAACAUCUUUUCUGUCACAGUGGAUAAAAUUGUGUGGAGGCCUUUCAUGCCAAGAGAAUGUGGAACAUAACCUGAAUGCAACUGAUACACAUUGUAAAGUAAUGUGUGAAGUUGCGCACAAGAAUGCCAGCUUAAUGAGACACAAAGUAGCUAACACCCAACUCCUUUCGCCAGCAAUACAAAUACUUAAUAAUGUGUCACCCUUUACUUUUAUCAAACUCUGAGUUUGAACGGGGAACCAGGGAUUUUGAACAAACCAAAAAUCAAACACCAGCACAGGGAUGAAAACAAUACACUGUAGUGAUGAUCCGUUGUAUCAUGGUGUGGCCCUGAGCUGGCAAUAUUGUUUUGUAUGAUUUACGUUUUUUUUAUUUUUUAUUAGCAUGCUGCAUUUGUGAAUCAACAGGUUUGUCCUAAAAAGAGAUUAGCUAAGCUGCUAGUAUUCAGUUUACCUUUGUGACUCGACAAAGUUCAGUACUUGAGUCCGACAGCUGUACCUUUCUUUAGAAUGUAUAAAUGUCCUCUCCAAGGACACACUCUUAUUAGAUAUAUAUAUAUUUUGUUUUCAAAUCAGGUUUCAGUGUGCUGAGUUGUUUUUUUUUUUGUUUGUUUUUUUUGUUCUGCUUUAGCAAGGGAUUAAGCACCUGUGCAGCUAUUGCACCAGGUUUUCCUGAUUUUUCUAUACUUAUGCUGAGCUCAAAACAUGUAUUUUUUUAUUUACAUUUGUUGUUUUCCUUUUUUAAAAAAAAAAGUCUACUGUUGAUUUGUUCUGGUUUUUCGAACAGAUUUAUGUCUAUAACCUCAUUCUCAGUCUUACUUCUGAACAAUGACUAUGGUAAUAAAACAUCACACAUCA